ACUAACCUUUUCAGCAAAAUGAAGCAGUGUCUAGUUAUUCAACAUCUUUUCUUCUUGUGUUUCUGUGAUUGUGCUUCAUCACAAUAUGGAAUAAGAUGUAAGCUGCCUACAAUACCACAUGGGAUUAUUAAUGACGCUAAAGAGGAAUACAAAGAGAACGAACAGUUAAAAUAUUCCUGUGAAAAAAAAUACAGGCCCAGACAUGGAACCCCAAUGUGUCUUAGAGUUGGCUGGAGUAUAACACCAGAAUGUGAAGAAAUUAAUUGUCUGCUUGGGCCGCUCACACCUGGAACAAGCACAAGCCCACAAGGGAAGAAUGUAUUCAGGGCUGGAGAGAGUGUAGAGAUCACCUGCUCAGAAAGACGCUGUUUGUACGGAACAAGAGAGAUCAAACGAAACAUUAUAUGCAAAGAAAGUGGUGAAUGGGAAUACUCGCCUGUGUGUGAGGAAAUUACUUGUGAUAUUCCCUAUGACCAGCAUGUGGACUAUGUUCACUACUACUUUAGUAGGGACAGAAGAUUGGGGGUCGAAAAAACAUACCAGUGUGAAAGUGGGUAUCACGCAGGAGCUAGAACUGCCACGUGUACAGAGAACGGUCUCCAAAACCACUGUGUACUGCAAAAAUACUUCAAUGUGACAAACCCCCAUUGAUCGCAUAUGCAGUACAUGAUUCUAAGGAAC